GUUGGAUAUCAAAGUAAUAUAUUUUACUCAUUUAUGUCUUUUUUUUCUCCUUCUGUCAAAAAGGGAAUAAUACGUAGUUCACGGUAAAUUACAGGGCCACUCUUCGUGGCAUGCAACACCCAAAGAAUAUCACCGAACCAAAAUCGAGAGAAAACGUUCACCGGGCCCGGGCUUGAAUUAAGGGCCUGAUUGAGGGCGCCCCAAGCCAGAUGAAGAAUUCGGAAAGGUUUCACAAGGCCCUGUCAUUUGCUUUACUGCUAUCCAAAAGCACCUCUGCCAGAUGCUGGAGUAAGUCUACAUCUGGGCACAAUGGACGCAGACGUAGACAUGAUAGAUCCAGACUUCCCCUGGCAGGACUACGGGGACAUUCCGGAGGAGGUCCUGGAGCAGAUGAUGCAGCAGUACCAGGACUAUUACGGCGGUGGGGAGUUUGGCUUUGAGGAGCCCCCUGCGCAAGUGUUCUCUUACGCUGAGCACUUUGCCAACUGUGUGGUGCCAACGCUGACCCAGGGCAUUCAGAUCAUCACCCCGCUGGUGUUUGGAUGUAUGGCGAUGAGAACAGUCUCACUGAUGGGUCUGCCUGCAGCAUUUUACCAUCUGUUGUCCCUGACGGUAGGCAUCCUAGCCUUGUCCUACUUCUUUGAGGGUCUCAUCAUCCAGGUCGUGGCCCUGGGUCUCCUGGGCUACUUUCUUCUUCAGGCCUGCCAGGCCUCCGACAUCAACUACAAGGGGCCGGUCUCUGCUGCGGUUUUUGUGAUGGUUCUAGUAAUUUGGGAGUUAUUUUUUGCCGAUCCUGUGGAAUGGAACAAAAUCAGAGGAUCUCAGAUGAUUUUGGUUAUGAAGGUCAUCUCACUUGCAUUUGACCUUGACCAAGGAGUGGUAGAGGAGGUGCCGGAAUUCUUGGCGUACCUAGGCUACACAUUCAACCUGGCGACAGUCAUAUUCGGUCCCUGGAUCAGCUUCUCCGCUUACCUUCGUCUGCUCCACCCAGGUGGAGAUAUUGAACUACGCUGGCUUCUGACAGCAUUCGUCAAGUUUCUACAGUCACUUGUGUGCCUCCUGAUUUCCACCUGUGUUGCGCCAGUCCUAUUUCUGGGGUUUGAUCAAAAGUGGCUGGAUGCAUACAAGGAUGCCAUGUCAUUUCGGUUCAGUCAUUACUUUGUCAGCUUUGUUUCUGAGUCCACAUCCUUAGCAUUGGGCCUUGGAGCCCCCCGGGAAGGUGGAAAUAAAUACUGGGAAUUGAAUGUUGCGAGACCUUGGCACAUCGAGCUGCCCCGUUCCCUUGUCCAGGUCGUCACUAACUGGAAUCUCCCCAUGCACGUGUGGCUGAAAAAUUAUGUAUUUAAAACAAGCAGGAAGUUUGGAAACUUUGCUGCUGUUCUUCUGACAUAUGCUGCAAGCUCUUUGCUUCAUGGCCUGAAUUUCCAGUUAGCAGCUGUUCUACUUUCUCUUGGUUUCUAUUCCUACAUUGAACAUGUUUUUCGACAGAAGUUGGCGUCAAUAUUCAAUGCCUGCAUUUUAGCCAGACGGUGUAAACAGGAUUGCCAGCACCUGCACCAAAGUACUCAUCCGUUAGUGAUGCUGACCAAUCUGUGCUUUGGUCUCCUUGCCAUGUUCCACCUUGCCUAUCUUGGGGUCAUGUUCAAUUCUGAAGAAGAGCUCCAGGAAAAAGGUUAUGAGAUGGAACACACCUUGAAGAAAUGGUCACACCUGGACUAUGCCAGUCACUAUGUAGCGGCCACAACCUUCGUCUUCUAUUGGCUUAUAAAAUAAUACACAGACCAACUGUCACCAUGCACACAGUACUUUUGCCACUGUACGAGUUUGCCUCCUUUAUAAACUGUGUAACAUGAGCAUAGAUGCUGCCGUUAAAAUUACUGACUGGAUUUCAUUAAGUCAUUCAACUUGUUUUUCAUCAAGCAAGAGAACCGAUGAGAUACAAUCUCAUUAUAAAAAUGCAUGUACAAGGUCUUUGGCAAUUUGUAAUACCAGAUUAAUGCUGUUAUAUUUUUUUAUUGUCACAUUUUACUGGAUUUUGUGCAAACCAGUGCUUGCUCCAUUUUAUUUUUAUGUCCUUUUUUUUCCCUCAACAUUUAGAUGUUGGUUUCUAGAUUUCUCGUCUGUGUUAGCAUUCUUUGUACAGGGUCCGAUCAAAAGGCGGCAAACCACCAUUUGACCCCACAGUUUCCCUGAGACCAGCCACAAAUGCUGUAGGCACAGAUGUCAUGUAAAAAUAUCUGGAUUUGCAAUAGGGGGCCUGCGUGGAACGCCCUCCCUGAGGACAUUUCAUUAUUUAGAUUUCAUCACAAUGAAUGCACAAAACUUUACUCGAGCCUGUCCUAGAGGAAGAAAGAAAUGUCCUCAAACAUGACGUCAUAUGCAGGCCCUCUGCGCUCUUGUUACCGACUAAAACCAACAACGGCCAUCUAACUGUGCCAAAUACAAGGGUGAUCCUUGGCUCGCUUACCCAUUGUAACGUGUUGUCACAAACAAUUUGGUCAACAAUGGCGAAUGAGCCUUUGUAAUUACCUUUGUAUUCGGCAUGGUAAGAUGGCCGCUGCAGGCUUCAGUGUGGGCUGAUCAAGGGUAUUGGGAGUCAAGAUUAUUUCUAUAUCCAUGGCUGUAGGCAAGUGGUUUCUUAGCAUAGAUUGUAAACUAGACGUUGAGACUUACAUGUAUUUUCACAUUAAGUAGUAGUGAAUAUUUUUAAGCAAAUGGCAUGUGGUCACCACUUGUGUGUAUAGUUGUUAAUAUUGCACUAAUCCAGCACUGGGUGCUGAUUUUCUAUUUUUCUCACGUUUUUCCAUUUAUAAAGCUUCAAAGGUUUGCUCCAUGUAAAUAGUAUGCUUGCUACCAUGAUCUUUGCAUAUAACAAUGGCAGAGGGCACUCACGUGGGUCAGUGAGAGUGCCCUGUUGUUGGACCAUUUUUAAGUGCCUUGAAUUGUUAACAUAUUGACAGUAUUGAUUUUCAAGACUUUAUUUCCACAGGUAAUUUGUUUACUUCAUUGCACUAUGACAUAAACAUGCUGUUUGUAUAUUGCAUUUUGUUACCAGACUGUGUAUAUUAUCUGGAAUUAUUUAUAUUAGAAAAUCAUUACAAAUUUAGUGCAUAAGUGCGUAAUACACUCACUGAGCUCAUAGCCAUCAGUAUUUUUUCUGCCUAAGGUAGGUGAAAUUCUGCAAGUUGGAAAGUCUUGGAAGUUUCCAACAUUUCCUGGAACUUAAAAUAAUAUCUGAGUUUGCACUCGCUAUUUUCCGUACGUUUUCUUGAAGGUUUUGCCAAGCAAAAGUUAGUGCAUGUUUGAUUCUUUGUAGCAUUGGUUGAUCAGUAGUCGCUGAUGGAGUUUGUACCUCAGACAUGUUGACUUAAUUUUGAAGUUUCAGAAUUAACCUUAUUAUUUGUGUAAAUUGCUGUGUUAUCUAUUGCCUGAAAUUUCAUUCGUAGUUCUUGGGUGUAAAUAGGUCACACCAGAAUAAUGGCAAGUUGGGUUUGCAUGAAGUGUGUCUAUUUUUGUGAAUUUGAGAAACGGUGCUUAACAUUUGAACAUUGGAAAUACACUGUACAUCACCAAAGAAGAAAGUUUAAUUAUUUUAAUUUCAUUCCAUUCAUUUGCAGAAAUAUUUCUCAAUUUAAGCUGAUCCUUCAUGCCUCUGUGGAUCUUGUUCCUCAUGUCUGAUAUUUUGCAAUCAGAGGAUUCAAAUGUAAUCAAGGUUUUAAAGUGCCUUUGCAAAGAUCAUCCUUCUCAUAUCAACAGAUUGUCAGUCAUAGUGGAUUUCCUAGUUGUCUUUUAUGUAUUUGUCAUCUAGGUCCAUGCAUGUGUCGGGUUAUUAGAAUUUAAAAACUUGUAUUCACAAAUUGUACAAAAAUGUAAACAAAUGCAUUCUUUUGUAUUCAGCUUGAGGUAUAUUCACAAGUUCAUGCACAUAUUGAAGGGUCCAUGCAAACAUUAAAUGAUCCAUGCAAUUAA